GAAGCUGGCUUGACUACGGAAGAAGGAAGCAAAGAACCGUUCACGGAACUCAACAGAAUAUUAGAUUGUUUGAAGCAGAAAGACUUGGGUCCCGCUUUAGAAUGGGCUCGUUCACAUAGAGACCAACUUGAAGCUCAGAGUUCGUCUCUGGAGUUCAAGCUUCAUCAACUACAGUUCGUGGGAUUAAUUCAGAAAGGACCCAGUUACCAAGGCGAAGCUAUCAGUUAUGCAAGAACUCAUCUAAGUCAGUUUGUUCAAAGGCAUGAAAAAGAGAUUCAAAAUUUGAUGGACAUCCUCUAUUUGCCACAUGGAAUUUCGAGUUCCUAUUCACAUCUACUGGAGACAAGUUUAUGGUCGGAAAAUGAGACAUUCACCAGAGACGCUUGCUCUCUAGGACUUAGUGUCGACAGUCCUCUUAGUGUAUGUAUAAAUGCGGGAUGCACGCUUGCCGCUUUGCUGAACAUCAAACAAGUGAUGCAACAAAGACAGGUGGCUGUCAUCUGGAUGAAAGAAGAACUGCCUAUUGAAAUCGACCUUGGCCGCGACAGCAGAUACCACUCAGUGUUCGCCUGCCCCAUCCUGCGUCAGCAGAGCUCCGACCUCAAUCCGCCCAUGCGCCUCGUCUGCGGACACGUCAUCUCCAGAGACGCGCUCAACAAACUUGGCACCAAUAAGUAA